AUGAAGUACGUCCAAUCUGCUGAAUCCAUCAAUGUCCCAGAAGGUGUUUCCCUUACCAUCAAGUCCAGAGUCGUUAAGGUUGUUGGACCAAGAGGUGAAUUAACCAAGUCCUUGAAGCACGUUGAUGUUGCUUUUGAAAAAGUCAACAACAAGUUGAUCAAGCUUUACGUCCACAAUGGUGACAGAAAGCACGUUGCUACUUUAAGAACUGUCAAGUCUUUGAUUACCAACUUGAUCAAGGGUGUUACUGUUGGUUACAAGUACAAGAUGAGAUUUGUUUACGCCCACUUCCCAAUCAAUGUCAACAUCAUUGAAAAGAACGGUACCAAGUUUGUUGAAAUUAGAAACUUCUUGGGUGAUAAGAGAGUCAGAGAAGUUCCAAUUCCAGAAGGUGUCACUUGUGAAUUAUCCAAGAACCAAAAGGAUGAAUUGACCGUCACCGGUAACUCCGUUGAAGAUGUCUCUCAAUGUUGUGCAGAUGUCCAACAAAUCUGUAGAGUCAGAAACAAGGAUAUCAGAAAGUUCUUGGAUGGUAUCUAUGUCUCCGAAAGAGGUCACGUUGUUGAAGAAUUAUAA